AUAAAAAACUUCAAGGAGCAGCUUCAUCGGCGGACAAUACCCUAACAAAAGAUUUUGGGGGCGCUCCUCGGCGAAUAACUUUCGAGCGAGCCAGCGAGAUCCGCUAGAGAUGGUGUGGUUUCAGUGCGAAGUUUGCGGCGAGAACCUCAAGAAGCCGAAGCUUCCUAACCAUUUCCGAAUAUGCUCGGCCCACAAGCUAUCUUGCAUCGAUUGUGGGGACAUUUUUAGCAAGGAAAGCGUUCAGAGCCACACCCAAUGCAUGACUGAAGCGGAGAAAUAUGGUCCAAAGGAUCAUGGGAAGCCCUCUCAGAACUCAAAUAGUAAGCCCGAGAAGCCAAAGAAAAAUGCAGAUGUUGAUAUAACUGUUGGACUAUCUUCACGUCCUCCUUGGUUUUGUAGCCUCUGCAAUACAUCCACUACUAGCAAGCAAACAUUACUACUACAUGCUGAUGGCAAGAAACACCGGGCAAAGGCUAAAGCUUUCCAUGCUGCUCAGAAACAGUCUAAUCAAACUGAAGAAACAAAAGAAAAUAACAAGGAAAAUGCAGAAACUACUAUUCCCAAGUUAGAGCCAGUUAAAACAACUGGUUCCAAUGUGGAUAAACCUAAGGAAAAUGAUAUAUCAGCAGUUGGUGCUCAACAAGUUCUAGAAAUGAAGUUUGACAAGAAGAGGAAACAUGAUGGUGUUGGGAGCAUUCUCAACACUAGUAAUGAGGGUAAGAAUGCAUCUGAUCUAAACAACGGGGAAGUGAUACAAGCAGAAGAAAAUGAAGAGAAGAAUCGAUCAAAGAGAAGUAAGAAUGCAGAAAAGGUAUCUAACUCAGAAUGCUUAGGCAAUCAAGCAGGCGAUGGGGUGGCUUUAAAGAAGAAAAUAAAAUGGAAGAAACUCAUUAUGUCCAUCUUGAAUUCGCAGAAACCCGACAGAACCAUGAAGAUAAAGAAACUACAAAAACUCGUUAUCAAAGAUCUCAAAGUAUCAGGCGUUACUGGGGAUGAGUUGCAGCUACGUGAUGCAAUGAUGGAGAAGAUCAAUUCAAGCUCUAGAUUUGUCAUCGAUAACAAGCUUAUUUGCUUGGCAGCUAAGGCCAACAAAUCAUAGUAAAGCGAAAGAGUAAUCUAAUGGACCAUAAGAUUUAUUAUCAGGUGAUAGUUUUCUAUUUUGGUUCUUGAUUUACUUUUAUUUCUUUGAUAAUUCAUUAUUAUCUCUUCAUCCAACGCAGAGAACUUUUUCAUUUCUCAGAUUUCAAAAUUCUUUUUGCGCUGCCAAAGGUAACAAAUUUUCAAACAUUGGAUAUGAGUAAUAUUUGGAUGAAUCUUAGAGGGGUUUAGGAUUAAUGUAUCCAUCCAUUGAGGAAACGGCAUUU